AUGGAAGACUAUUUAAUAAGCAACCCUAUUGGGAAGAAUGCGAUUUGGGCUACUGAAGUUGAGCUAUUUGCUGCAGCUCUAUUAAUGAACACAACCAUAAUGGUAUAUACUUUUUCCAACAAACCAUAUUGGCAAGUAUUCCAUAAAUCUGGUAAAAUUCCAGAAGUAUUUAAUAUACAUGAAAAAUGUAUAUACUUAAUUAACUCAAAUAGUAACCAUUUUGAUGUUGUUACGAGUGUUGUAACUUCUGUAGAAGAUCUAAAAUAA